AGAUGUGGACCCACUGUCUCUCUCGUAGGCGACUAAGUAUGAACGAGUGAUGUGCGAGAGCUAGUGGGGCAGCAGUGCAUCAUGGACUGCAAGGGCCUCAAAUAAGAACGUGUGCAUGUGGCAGAGGAGAAGAGUUUGCCUCAGACCACUGCUGGCCUCCUGGAGCUGCUCCACACCGAGCCAUUCUGUCUCCUCCUCUCUCACCUCACCGGACUGGACCUGGCCAAGGAUGUCAUACGACUGGACACACAAGGUGGGGGCGGAGAUGAUGAUGAUGAUGAUGGGGAACCCUGUUCAUCUUCUUCUUUAUUGUCUAACUGUAGCAAUGGACAUACCUUGGGUGAGUUAUAUACCAUGUGGAUUGUGACGGGCUCAGGCACUGAUCGUACCGUAAUACUUGCAAAAA